CGCCGCCCCGCCCCGCCCCGCAUCGUCGCCAUCAUGUCCGAUCUCCGCGCCCCGGAGCACCAGGUCGCCGGCCACCGCGCCGCGCCCGACAAGCUCGGCCCGCUCGUCGACGGCGCCGGCCUUUUCUACAAGCCGCUGCAGGCCCUCGACCGCGGCGAGCAGGAGCUGGCCUUCUACACGGCCUUCUCCGCCCAUCCCGACGUGCCGCCCCGCAUCCGGGACGCCUUCUUCCCGCGCUUCCACGGCACCCGCCUCCUCCCCACCGCCGCCUCCCCCGGCGAGUCCCACCCGCACCUCAUCCUCGACGACCUCCUCAAGGGCCUCGCCGCGCCCUCCGUCACCGACAUCAAGAUCGGCGCCUGCACCUGGCCCCCGCGCGCGCCGGAGCCCUACGUCGCCAAGUGCCUCGCCAAGGACCGCGGGAGCACCAGCGUGCUCCUCGGCUUCCGCGUCUCGGGGGUCAUGGUCUCCGACCCCAGCGGCGCCGUCUGGCGCCCGGACAGGUCCGAGCUCAAGGGGACGGACAUCCCCGGCGUGCGCCGCAUGCUCCGCCGCUACGUGUCGUCGGCCGGCGGCGACGGCGGGGGUGAGGACUGCGCGCUCGCGGCGGCCGUGUACGGGGGCGAGGGCGGGGUCCUGGCGCAGCUGCGGGAGCUCAAGGCGUGGUUCGAGGUGCAGACGCUGUUCCACUUCUACUCGGCGUCGAUCCUGCUGAGCUACGACGCCAACGCGGUGACCGCGCCCGGCGGCGCGCCGAGGGUGAAGCUGGUGGACUUCGCGCAUGUGGUGGAGAGCGAGGGGGUGAUCGACCACAACUUCCUGGGCGGCCUCUGCUCCCUCAUCAAGUUCAUAGACGACAUUGUCUCUUCUGACAAGGCGCCUCCGGCUCAGUCUUGAGGAGAUCCUGGAGUACUUUGGGAGGCGAUACAGUACAAAAGGUAAUAUAUAGUCACUAGUUGGAUUCUUCCAUGGUCCCUUCAGCAUGCAGAGGUGCGGAAGUUCACGGCUUUGGGAGAUGGUCGCUUAGGCUAUGUUCAACCAUUUUGGAUGGGGGUUCAGUAAUAAAAUUGUAGAAACAUGAGUCUCUCUUGUAUCUUGUUUGUUUUCGGUUGUGCUUAGCCCCUAUGCUUUUUUGCCUUUUGUGGCCAUUGUGUGCUUACAUUGAAUGUUGAAAACGAUACAAUGACUGUAUGCAGAUGCCUGAUGUUUUUCUCUCCGUUUGGAGAAAGAAACAACAGAGGCAUGGAGGAAGCACAAUCAAUUUAUUUGUGAUAGGAAAAA